UGAAUAGUGUUUUCCCAUAAAAAGUUGCUCAAUUUCUCCUGUCAUCUGUCAAAAUUCAUAACAUCUGUUUUGAAUUUUGUAAUAUUUGGUUAUUUAACACAAAAACCAACCAAAACCAAAUCAUGUUUAGGAAAAGUUUUUUAAAAAUUGCAAAUGUGUUAACACUCAGAUCGUUUACCGCAAAACCGGGUCCUAUUGGUACAGAAAUUACUGAAAUUUUAACAAAAGAAUUGGCACCAGUCCAUCUUGAAGUAAUAGAUAGCUCGAAUGGGUCAGAGUCUCAUUUUAGAGUUUUAAUUGUAUCCGAGAAAUUCAAUAAUCUUCCAUUAAUUAAAUGCCAUCGUUUGGUUACGGACUUGGUCAAAACAAAAAUUGAUAGUGGAGCGGUGCAUGCCUUUUCUGUUGAAACAUUAACACCAAAUAAAUGGAAGCCAGAAAAAGAAUAAGAGAAAUAAAUGAUAUAGCAAAGAAGAUUUCUAAUUGUUACAGAAUGUUUUCUAUUUUUUAAUUGUAAGUAUUCCUCAUUUUUUGUUUGCCGGAUUUUAAAAGGACAAUGCACGUGCGCUAGUAAACAGCUGACAGGUGAAUCGUAGGGAGCUGUUGAUUGUCAUUUUUAUAUGUUCACAUUAUUCCGACUGCUACGAAUUAUAAUCGAAUAAAAUUCAAAUUUAAAAAGUUCAA